AUGGCCUCAGGCUCAACGAAAAGUAUUAGCGACGAUGUCGUCGAAACGGCCCCAAUGCCGGCUGUGACGCCGAAGGAAGGGCAUGAGACCAUGAGCGACGUGAUCCGGAAUGCGAGGCUCGCUACCGAAAAGGAGCACAACAUGACCUUAUGGCAGGGCCUUCGACUUUACCCCAAAGCGAUUGCGUGGUCUGUCCUCAUCUCGACUUGCAUUGUUAUGGAAGGCUACGAUAUCUCCCUAGUCAAUAACUUCUACGCCUUCCCGCAGUUUAACCAGAAGUACGGCACUGAGGUGACAGAUCCGAAUGGCAACGUCUCCUAUCAAGUUUCGGCAGCCUGGCAGGCAGGCCUUAGCAACGGUGCAGUAGUGGGUGAAAUCAUUGGCCUAUUGAUAAACGGCUGGGUCUCCGAGAGGUUCGGAUAUCGAUAUACUGUCAUAUUCUGCCUCGUACUUAUCAUCGCUUUUACCGCAAUCUUCUUCACGGCGCAGACGGUUGUACACCUUCAAGUAGCUGAGAUCCUGUGCGGCAUUCCCUGGGGCGUUUUUCAAACCUUGACUAUCACCUAUGCCUCUGAAGUUUGUCCGGUAGCCCUGCGGGGUUAUCUAACAACCUACAUCAACUUCUGUUGGGGUAUCGGCCAGAUGAUCGGUAUUGGUGUCAUUAUGGGUAACCUCUGGCGUACCGACGAGUGGGCGUAUCGUAUACCUUAUGCGCUUCAAUGGAUGUGGCCCUUGCCUCUCAUAAUUGGAAUCUCCUUUGCGCCUGAAUCCCCUUGGUGGCUUGUACGAAAGGGGAAACUUGAAGACGCCAAGCAUUCUCUUCUCCGCUUGACUAGUCUGGAUCGGGAGACAGACUUUGAUGUGGACGAGACGGUUGCGAUGAUGGUCCAUACAACAGCAUUAGAACAGAAGAUAACCAAGGGAGCCAGUUACCUAGAUUGUUUCAAGGGUGUCGAUAGGCGUCGCACAGAAAUUGUGUGCAUGUGCUGGGCGAUCCAGAACCUGAGCGGCAAUUCAUUUUCCAACUACUCGACGUACUUCCUGCAGCAAGCUGGUCUCGAUAAUGACAAGGCAUACUCAUUUGCCAUGGGUCAAUAUGCCAUCAACUGCGCCGGCGUCUUCGGAGCCUGGACGCUUAUCACCUUUGGAAUCGGACGAAGGACGUUAUACCUAUAUGGCCUUGCUGGUCUCUUCAUCAUGCUUUUAAUCCUCGGUUUCCUCGGCUUAGCCCCCGAUAGAGAAUCCGCAUCGCUUGCGACAGGCAGUAUCAUGCUCGUGUGGGCUCUGUGUUACCAGCUAACAGUUGGCACCGUAUGUUAUUCUCUCGUUGCAGAGAUUUCAACUAGACGUCUUCAAAUCAAGACAGUGGUGCUCGGACGUAUCCUCUACAACAUUGUCGGCAUUAUCUGUGGCGUUUUAACGCCAUACAUGUUGAACCCUUCGGCUUGGGACUGGGGUAAUUAUGCCGGUUUUUUCUGGGCGGGGUCAUGCUUCCUCUGCUUUGUCUACUCUUACUUCCGCGUACCCGAACCGGCCGGUCGCACAUUUGCAGAGCUUGAUCUACUAUUUGAGAAGAAGGUUAGCGCAAGGAAGUUUGCUUCGACCGAUGUGGACGUAUUUGCAGAGCAUGUCGAGGGAGCUGUAUUGAGCAGCUAUCACGACCAGAUCGCCAUUUCGAGUAUGAAGAUCAAGGUUUAA